AUGAACAGCAGCGGGAUAUACGUUUCAGAGGACACCAAUGCCUUCAGGGCUUGGUUCAUAGUGACUGGCAGAGACUUCACGACCAUUGUUACACCAGCAAAUUCAAGCAGACUGCUAUCACAUCUCCACUCCACCUCACCGCCACACUCCACAAUCCUGAGGGGCACGCCUAAGGCCCUGGCACCUCCCACUCCACUCCACGCCACGUCCACAAUCCUGAGCACUAAGGCCCCUCCUGACCGCAGCCUCCAGCAAUGCCUGAGCCCUAAGGCCCUGGCACUCCCACUCCACUCCCAACCGAGCCUAGCACUCCACUCCACACCCACCGCACCCUCCACAAUCCUGCGCACGCCUAAGGCCCCUAGCACUCCACUCCACUCCAGCCGCCACCGUCUCCACAAUCCUGAGCCACGGCCUAAAGGCCCAGUCCACUCCACGUCCAACUCCACGCCACCCUCCACAAUCCUGAGCACGCCUAAGCUCCACCUCCACGCCGACCGCUCCCACAAUCCUGAGCACAGUCCUAAGGCCCUAGCACUACCACUCCAUGCUCCAACAGCCACCUCCCACAAUCCUGCAAGCACGCCUCCAAGAUCCACAAUCCUGAGCCUAAGGCGCCUAGCACUCCACUCCACUCCACCUCGCACCGCAUUCCACUCCACUCCACCUCCACCGUCCUUCAAUCCUGAGCACAAGGCCCUGACUCCACCCACUCCACCUCCACCGUCCUUCAAUCCUGGAGCACAAGGCCCUAGCACACUCCACUCCACCUCCACCCACAAGGCCCUUAGCACUUCCACUACCACUCACCUCACCGUCCUUCAAUCCUUGAGCACAAGGCCCUCAGCACUCCAUCUCCGACUUCCACCUCCACCGUCCUUCAUUCCUGAUGCACAAAGGCCCAGCACUCCAACUCCAACUCCACUCCACCGUCCACAAUCACUGAGCACAACUAAGGCCCUAGCACUCCACUUCACUCCCACCUCCACCGUCCUUCAAAUCCUGAGCAACAAGGCCCUAGCACUCCACUCAACACUCCACCUUCCACCACUCCACUCCCACUUCCACCUCCACCCGUUCCUUUCAAUCCUGAGCACAAAGGCCCCUAGCACUCCAACUCCACUCCAACCUCCACCGUCCUUAACAAUCCUGAGCACAGGCCUUAGCACUCCCACUCCACUCCAACCUCACCGUCCUUUCAAUCUGAGCACAAGGCCCUAG